GUAUUUUCACCAAAGCGCGCUCACGUGUGCUAGAUCCGCGUUCACUCCUCGCCCGUUAGAGUGCGGCGACUCGUGCAAAGACCCCGCAGGACCGCUUACUGUUGCACAUUAUUCAUCUAAACACGGGCAAACUGCGCAACAACUGAAAGAUGUGGAAGUCAGUGGUGGGCCACAAUGUGAGCAUGAAGGUGGCUGGAGAGGGGGAUGACUGGGAGACGGACCCUGACUUUGAGAAUGACGUGUCAGAGCAGGAGCAGAGGUGGGGGGCCAAAACCAUCGAGGGCUCAGGACGUAAAGAACACAUCAGUGUUGCAGAGCUCAGAAACAAGGUCACUGAGGAGCAUGAGAAAGUGAAGCAGAAGGAGAACAUUCCCAAAGCAUCGUACGGAUAUGGAGGGAAGUUUGGAGUGGAGACGGAUCGAAUGGACAAGGUGGCUCUGGGUAGCGACUAUGUAGCAGAGGUGGAGAAGCACUCUUCCCAGAAAGAUGCAGCGAAAGGGUUCGGAGGGAAAUAUGGUGUUCAGAAGGACCGCGUGGACAAGUCUGCCGUCGGCUUUGAAUACAAAGGAGAAGUGCAACAGCAUGGAUCUCAGAAAGAUUACUCAAAGGGAUUUGGAGGAAAGUACGGUGUCGAGAAAGACAAAGUGGACAAGGCGGCUUUGGGGUACGACUACAAGAGUCAGACUGAGAAGCAUCAGUCUCAGAAAGACUACGCUAAGGGAUUUGGAGGGAAAUACGGGGUGGAGAAGGAGAAGGUAGACAAAGCUGCCGUGGGGUAUGACUAUAAAGGAGAAACAGAGAAGCAUCAGUCGCAGAAAGAUUACUCAAAGGGAUUUGGAGGAAAAUUUGGUGUUGAGAAGGAGAAAGUCGACAAAGCUGCGUUGGGGUACGAUUACAAAGCUGAGACGGAGAAACAUCAGUCACAAAAAGAUUAUUCAGCAGGUUUCGGUGGCCGGUAUGGCGUACAGGCAGACCGCAUGGAUAAGAGUGCAGCAGGCUUCACAGACAUGGACUCCCCGACCUCUGCAUAUAAAAAGACACAGCCAGUAGAGGCUUCGAGUGCAGGUGCAGGGAAACUGAAAGCACGCUUUGAGAAUAUGGCCAAGGCUUCUGAUGAGGAGAACAGGAAGAAAGCAGAAGAAGAGAGAGCGAGGAGGCAAGCCAGAGAGAGCCGAGAGCGAGAGGAGGCCAAAUGCAGACAGCAGCAGGAGGAAGAAAGAAGAAGAGAGGAGGAAUCUCAAGUAGCACCAGUUCAUCAUGUUGAUCCAGAGGACGAUAUGCCAACACCAGAAAUCCACCGUCGCACUCCAGAGAUUCAGAAAGAGCCGGAGCCAGAGCCAGAGCCAGAGCUGGAGCCGGAGCCAGAGCCAGAGCUGGAGCCGGAGCCGGUGGUGAGAAACACAUAUGAAAAAUCAGAUGUACCAAAUAACAACUCGUGUUUAAAACAUGGGACUCAUAUUCACCCAUCUUUCCUCCAGCAUGCACAUAUUUAUAUAUAUUUAUAUGUUUUUGUAUAUAUAGGUAUACAUAUACCUAUAUAUGCAAAAAACUUGAAUUUUACUAUGUUUAUUUAUCGGAUAAAAUAAGUUAAAUGUCACCGUUAUUAUAACAGCA